AUGAGCUCGCCAAAACCCCAAAACAUCGCCAUUAUCGGCGGCGGCCUGGCAGGCCUAACUCUCUCCCUCGCCCUCCACGCCCACUCCAUCCCCUCCACAAUCUACGAACUCCGCAACCCCACAACCCACGCCGAAGGCGCCCUCAUGCUCGGCCCCAACGCCCUCUCUGUCCUCUCCACCCUCGGCAUCUAUACCCGCAUCCAAUCCCACGGCUUCCUCUUCACCAAGCUCGUCUACAAAGACUCAAACUACAACUCCACAGACGAGUACUACCUCGGCGACGCCUCCCUCUUCGGCUUCAACGCCCUCCGCGUGUACCGCGAAGUUCUCCUCCGCGAACUCAGAAACGCCGUCCAGGAGCGCGGCAUCACCGUCCACUACAACCGGAAAUUCACCAAGGUCGUAAGCGAGGAUAAGAAUGGUGUAGUGUUUGAGUUCGCAGACGGGACAACAGAACAAGCGAGUUUACUUAUCGGCGCAGACGGCAUCCACUCCAAAGUCCGGCAAUACACUCAUCCAGACAUCAAGCCCAUCUACAGCGGCCUCCUCGCCAUCACCUCAGCCGUCGAGACCUUCAAACUCCGCUUUCCCGAGCCCGACUACCCACCCGUGAGUUCCAUCCACGGCAAGCACGGGGCCUUCGCAUUCGCUACGCAGAAUCCUCAAGGGACGGAAAUGCUAGUUGGCACGCAGAGGAAGUUUCCCGAGCAGGAUAAGGCGGGGUGGGAUGCGCUGCGGGGUAAUAGCGAGGAGUUGCAGAGGAUGUUUAGGGAGAAUAAGAGUGAGUGGCCGGACCUGGUACAGUCGGCUAUGGAGAAUAUGAUGCUGGAUCGCCUGUCGAUUUGGCCGUACUAUGUUAUUCCGCAACUUGACACUUGGUCGUCGCCGAAGAAGAGGGUUGUUAUCCUCGGGGAUGCUGCUCAUGCUAUUCCUCCUACUGCUGGACAGGGUGCGAGUCAGGCGUUUGAAGAUGUGUUUUCCUUAGCAUUGCUAUUGUCGAAGGUUGGUGGGGACGUCAAGUGGGAUGCUGCGUUGGAUUUCUGGCAGAAGUAUCGCGUGGAGAGGGUUGAAAAGGUAUUGGCUUUGACGAUGAAGUUGAAUCAAAAGAGACUGCCAGCUGAGGAGAAAGAGAAACUUGGCGAUGAGGAAGUGGUAUUUAAAGAUCUUGCUGGUGGGCCAGAGCAACAGAGGUGGUUAUUCGAGCCGAAGAUUGAGAAGCAUAUGCUGCAAUGGGUGCAGGAGCAGGGACAAAAGUAG